CUCUUCCCUGGUCUCCAAUCUGUUGGCCUACCCUACAGACUUUGGACUUGCCAGCCUCUACAAUCAUAUUUUACAGAUACAAAAAGAAAUCUCUUCAAUCUGUCACAUUCUUGAGAAUUUAUGUAAUCUUGAUUGCUUGAUUGAUGGCUUUUCCUAAUCUUCCACCCACCAUACAUGGGAUGAGAGCGCCAGGGACAAUACCCAACUGUCCACCUGGACUGGAAUAUUUGACUCAGAUAAAUCAGUUACUAGUGUGUCAACGUUUUGAUCUUCUGGAAGUUCUCAGUUGUUUUGAAACUAGUAAGAAAUAUGAAGUCAUGAACAACCAAGGACAGAGAAUUUAUUUUGCAGAAGACAGAAGUAAUUGUUUCCUCAGAUACCUCUGUGGACCUUCAAGAUCUUUUACCAUUACAAUUUAUGAUAACAUAGGCCGUGAUGUCAUAACUGUGCAUAAAGCUCUAAGAUGUAGCUGUUGCUGGAAAAACUGCUACCUACAAAAGCUAAAAGUUGAGGCUCCUCCUGGUGAAAAAAUUGGAUAUGUGUACCAAUACUUUCACCCAUUUUGGCCAAUGUUUAAAAUUAAAAAUGCAAAUAAGGAGGAUAUAAUGAAAAUCAGAGGACCAUGUGUGGUUUCCAGCUGUCUCACGGAUCUAAAUUUUAAUUUAUUGUCUCUGGAUGAAGAAAUAGUUAUUGGUAAGAUUUCAAAUACAUGGGCUGGAUUUACUAGGGAACUAUCUACCAAUGCUGAUAAAUUUGGAAUCCAGUUUCCACUUGAUCUUGAUGUUAAGAUAAAAGCACUGAUGCUUGGAGCAAGUUUCCUCAUUGACUACAUGUACUUUGAACUCUGGUCAUGA